AUGGCAACUCACGCGGAAUUCGGUGCGAAAACCACAGCCACAGAGGCGGCCAAGGUGUUCGCUGCCCAGAUUAAAGGAUUGACAGUCCUCGUAACCGGAGUCAACCCCAAAGGCCUCGGGGGCGCCGUUGUCACGGCAAUUGCCCAAUAUCGGCCCGCUCGCAUCAUAAUAACAGGAAGAUCGCAGGAGAAGCUCGACGAGGUAGUCAAAGACCUGGACAUCAGCUUCCCGAAAGUACCCGUAACAGCAGCAGCAGUGGACCUGGCUUCUCUGCGCUCCGUCCGCAAAGCCGCCGCCAAAAUCAAGGGCGAGGUUGACUCCAUCGACGUUGUCCUCAACAAUGCGGGUAUCAUGGCUCUGCCGGAGCGCGAGCUCAGCGAGAACGGCUUCGAGAUGCACCUCGCCACGAACCACAUCGGCCAUUUCCUCCUCACAAACCUGCUCAUGGACAAGAUCCGGCGGGCCGCCGCGCAGCGCCCUGGCUAUACCCGCAUCGUCAGUGUGACUUCGCUGGGCUACCAGUUCUCCCCGUUCCGGUCCCAGGACUAUAACUUCGACGGCCAUCCCGUCGCGGCGGAUGAGGUGGGCGUUGAACCAUGGCUGCAGGGCUAUGGGUAUUCAUCGGAGCCUUAUAAGUCUUACGACUCCAUGAUCGCAUAUGGACAGUCGAAAACAGCGAAUUUGCUCUUCACGACGUAUCUCGCGAAGCAUCUCGCUAGCGAGGGGAUCACUUCUCUCACGCUUCAUCCAGGAGUGAUCCACACGGAACUGGGACGGUAUAUGCCUGCAGAAUUGAUGGGCGCGAUGAAAGAUCUUGUGCCAAACUGGAAAACUCAGGACGAGGGAGCUGCGACGUCGGUGGUUGCGGCGUUUGAUCCUGCGCUACAAGCUCAUUCCGGCUCUUUCUUGAUGGAUUGCCAAAUCUCCGCCCCGGCCGCGUAUUCUGUUAAUGAAGAGAGCGCAGAGAAGCUGUGGAAGUUAACAGAAAGGUUUGUGGGGCAGGAGUUCAAACUGUGA